AUGUCGCUGAAUAUCUACUUUGCUCAUAGCGGAGCAGUAUACCCGGCCGACCCACGGUCCUUUACAUCAUUCGACAGUCUCCGGUCAUGGAUUGCUCAACAGACCGCUGUAGAACCUUCCCACCAGAUACUGAUGACAGCAAGAGGCAAGCAGGUCAAAAUAGAGACCCUCAGUGUUGAGCAUGAGAUAUUCCUCUACGAUCGAAGGAUCUUAGCAUCUCAUUCCACGGUCAGAACAAGCACACUCCUUCCCAACGUCCGUCCCCCAGAAACCUAUACCCCUGACGAGGCCCCCAUCAGCCUACAACAGGAUGCGACCCUGGAUGGAUGGCGCAAGAUAUCCAAGCUUCGAAGAGCAUGGGCAAUAAGUUUGAUGGAAGGUUCUCGUAAUGUCGUGGAAGGUAUACGAAGCCUGAACAGUGAGAUGGCUAUCGUCCGACGUGGGACUGCAAUAGCCGUGGAGAAUGUUAAGCAACAUGUGGGACUCCUGCAGCCGAAGUAUCAAGAGUCGAAGACAUGGGCAGAUCAGACAUAUGAAAAGCAGACUUCUCUGCUCAACGAUCUCGAUCAGGGGCUGAUGGUACUUGGAUCCCUACCAGCAUACGAAGAGCUGGGACACUGUCUGCACGGGGUGCAGGGCUCCAUAGGAAACAAGCCUUCAGAAACAGUAAAAUUUACCCAGGUUCCCUUACAAGACUUCGUGAAAAUUUCUGAGGUCGAAGCGGCUGCGACUACCGGGAAAGACUUUGCUCGAGGGUUUGCGAACCGCGUCGCUGAUAUGAGCGCUGCAUUUGAAGGUGUUGUGAGAAGCUCCAGCAGCAUGAUUGAGGCUUUUCAGCAGAACACGGCCUUGUCACAUAGCGAUGGGGGUGGUCAGGCGAACAAAUUGACGGACGAAGUCGAGGUUAUCGCGAGGAAGAUUAACAGCGACUACGAGCGUGUCCUAGGUUUACCGAACGCACCAAAUUCAAUAGUCAAAGCAUCGAAAAUUGGGCAUUCGCACAAGACUAGCUUACUGCCGUCAUUAUUACAGGCAAAUGAAGAAAUCAAUCGAAUUUUGGUGCAAACCAUCGAACGAAAAGAGCAAGUCUCGAAAGCGUCAGUGCAAACCCUGCAGGAUAUUGCAAAAGUCCAGUCAUCGGUUGGGUCAGUACACCACAAAUUGGCAAAUCUGGAUGUGGAGGCUGGAAGCGAACAAACCUUCGACUUGUUGAACUUUGUCACCAGGUUGCCUUCGCUGUAUGGCUCGUUGCUGAUCGAAUGUGUCAGACGGCGGGAAUGGAGCGAGAAGAUGAUCUCUGAUUCGUCAUCUCUGGUAGAAGAAAUGGCUACCUACAAGGAGGAAGAGGCUAGACGUCGAAAGAAGUGGAUCAAAGACAUGAACGGUGCUGUGGACCUCGGGUCUCUUGACGACAUGGCAUUAGGUAUUGAAGUCAAUGUUCAAGCGCAGAAGCAAAAAUGGCCGAACGUCAGUAGAAGUGACAUUACAGCUUACGUACAACGUCUGAGAGAGCUGGGUGACAUGCAUGGACACGUUAAGGAAGUGGAGGACGCUUUCAAGACCCUAGACACACCUUCAAAACAGCAAGCUCGCAGAGCAAAGGCGUUCAAGAAUGGCAGCGUUCACGAGGCGGCCUAUGGCAGAACGUCUCUAUUACUGCGUGGAGAUGAUGAGGUCAUACAGGCCAUGAGGAACGACAAAUUAAAGGUCGAGGACAAGCUCAAGAGUGCAGAUAGUAGGAUUCGCAAACUUGAAGAUCUUCUGCACCGGCAGAGUCCAAGACCUUCAAGUGCCUCUGGGUUCCCUCCUAGUAGUGGACCUACCUUCGAAAGAUAUACUACGUCACCUGUGAUCAACCUUUCCUCGGCUUUGUCCAAAGCUCGAGAACCGGGGUCACGCCGAUCAUCUGUUUCUUCGCGAAUAUACCCCCUCAACAAUGAUCCAGAGGAGAAAAGCCUGGCCCAAAGAAUAGUGACCCUUGAAGCGGAACUGGCAACCGAGAAGGCUCAAUCUGCGGAUCUGGAGAUGAAGGCGGCAGCAAGAUCGAACGCCGAGGAUAUGCUCAAGAGUCAGGUACGGGAAGCGAUUUCCACAAAAGAAGACCUACUAGGUAAUUUGGAAGCUCAGGAGAGAGAAUUCUCGCACGAACGCCACCUCUUGGAAGAUGAGAACAACAAGCUCAAAGUCAAACUCGAGGAAGUCGAGGACGAAUUCGAUCGUGUCCUCGAUAGCCGCGAGCAUGAUGAUAGGAUACAUACCCUGGAGGAGGAGCUCGAAAGGCUCAAAAACGAGACCGCCGGUGAAGUACAGAGGGCACUGGAGCAAACAGAAACUUUGCGAAAUGCUCACGACAUACGACGCGAGAGAGCCAGUAACUUGGAGCGUGAAGUGCAACAGCAUAAGGAAGAGAAUGCCGAGCUCGGAGCAAAGACCCAGCAAAUGUCGCGGCGUCUCCAAAACCACGACCAUGCUCAAGCAGAUCACCGUAGAGCUCUUCGAUCGGCACUCGUACAUUCGUCACAUGAUGAGGAAGUUCCUGAAGAUUUCACGGCGCUGGUCGAAAUUGUUGAGACUGUCGCAGAGAAAUCCGGGGCUCAUCUCAGGGACAUCAAGGACGCUCUUGAAGCACUGCGCGCGGACAAUGCCUCUUUGGAGAGCCGUGCUAAGUCUCAAGGAGAUGAGAUAUAUGAUCUCAGGGAGCGCUUGGGCAGCGAAGAGAGGGCCGUCUUCUCUUUACGUGAAGAGCUCAAUACGCAGCAGACACAGAGCGUGACUUUGCAGUCUCAGCUUGACUUCGAGAGACACGAACAUGAGGAUCUGAAAUCAAGAUUUGCACUGGGAGAGACAGACUCGAAUUCGCUUCGAGCCAAGCUGACAGAUGGCGGACGUACUAUUGAAGGCCUGUUUGGAAAAAUAAAAGAUCAUGAGGGCAAGCAUCAGACUCUUGAGGGUAAGCUCAAAGAGAAGGAAGCCAGCCUUGAAGCUGUACAAACGCGCCACGACAGCCUGUUUGAACUUUGGAGCGCCCAAGCCUCACGAGCCGUUGAUGUCUCUACUAAGCUACAUAGGCAGAAGGAUCUCCUGGAGAAGCUGCUUGAACAAGUGGGUCUUGCGGUCACAAGGGAAAGCGGGAACAUGGUCAUACAGAAGGCGCCACGAGCUGUUUCUGCAAGCACUAUGCUGCACGAUCCCUCAGUAUCCAUGAAACGCAGCUUGUCAGCCCCAAUGCCUAUAAAGAACGAGACAGAGCCUCUCAUCAAUCUCGAAAUUCUUCAAUGGGCCACAGCAGACGAUUUAGAGACAACUGAACGUCUCUUUGGAGAAUUUAUAAAGGAGAUCACAAGCUUCGAUUUAGAUCUCUUCAGUGGAGCCAUCUAUAAGCGAAUUAAGGAAAUCGAACACAUCGCUCGAAAAUGGCAGAAAGAAGCUCGUGCAUACCGGGAUAAGGCCCACCGCUCACAAGGCGAAGCUCAUGACCGGAUCGCAUUUCGAAACUUCAAAGAAGGUGACUUGGCUCUGUUCCUGCCAACCAGAGAUCAGGCUACCAAGCCUUGGGCCGCCUUCAAUGUGGGGGCUCCUCACUAUUUCUUACGCGAACAAGACACCCACAACCUUGGCAAACGAGACUGGCUCAUUGCCAGGAUCUCCAAGGUGGAAGAGCGUGUUGUGGACUUGUCGAAGUCUAUCAAAGGCCUGAAACCCGCCAACGACCAGGCAUCUGUCCAGAGUGACGGCGGUCUUUCACACAACGACGAGAACCCAUACGAACUUUCUGACGGUCUGAGAUGGUACUUGAUCGAUGCGGCAGAGGAAAAGCCUGGUGCUCCGAUCAAUGUCGGACUCGGCAAAGCGACAGUAGCUUCAGCGAACGUGGAUGCUAAAGGAAACAUCCGGAUGAAGAAGUCCUCAGAUGACAAUGGCGUGACAAAAACCUUGAAUCGCAGUCUCGACAGUCGCCGCAGCAGUACGAAUUCGAAGAAAGGACUGGUGACUAUCACUGGCAAUACUACCACAGGGCUUACAGGCCUAGAUGGUGUUCUGGAACGCAGCGUCGACCCCGCUGCCGCCGCCUCGCCCAACCUACUCCCGCCACAGGAUCCCCAUCGCGCCCGUUCGCCAGAAAGACCGCAGAGCAGCCAGACACCAGAUUCUCCUGCUCCCGGCGGUCCCAGCACCGAUCAUGCGAGAGGCGUGGCGACUUCACCAUCAAAGUCUCUGCGACAGACCAAAUCUUCCCCUCGGAAGACCUCGCCCGAGAAGCCGAGGUCCAAGGCUUGGGACUCGUUGUGGUCGCUGGAUUUGAACCUGGAGGGUGGAAAGGGGAAGAGGUAG